AUGGCGAGGGAUGCCCGUUGUGCCUGCAGUUGGCACCAGCACCAUGGACGUGGCCCGCUCCUUUCCGGCACCGUCAGCAGGACCAAGGUGGCGGCACCUGUGUGGGACAGCGGGCGGAAGAGCCCCCCAAAAGCCCUCGGCAAGGCCAAGGGCAGCGCGGGCGAGUGGUGGCCCGAGUGCUCCUGUAGGCACGGCCGGCACCACCCGGGCCAGGCGAGCCCUGCCCCUAUAAUUGUCAACACAGAUACAUUGGACACAAUCCCUUAUGUCAAUGGAACAGAAAUUGAGUAUGAAUUUGAAGAAAUUACGUUGGAGAGGGGGAAUUCUGGCCUGGGGUUCAGUAUUGCUGGAGGAACAGAUAACCCACACAUUGGGGAUGAUCCUGGGAUUUUUAUUACUAAGAUUAUACCUGGAGGAGCUGCAGCAGAGGAUGGAAGACUCAGGGUCAACGACUGCAUCUUGCGAGUGAACGAGGUUGAUGUGUCAGAAGUCUCCCACAGCAAAGCUGUGGAGGCCCUGAAGGAGGCUGGCUCCAUAGUCCGACUGUACGUUCGCCGAAGGAGACCUAUUCUGGAGACCGUGGUGGAGAUCAAGUUGUUCAAAGGACCUAAAGGUGAAUACGAAAAUGAAGAAAUCCAUUUUAAACUUGAUCCUUGA